GCUCGCCGAUGAUCCCGAAGCGUGCAUCGCUAAGCGCGAAACCCGUCAUCCCAUAUUUCCCCCACCUCAAUGCCGCAGCCACAGCCACUGCGCCUUCUCCUGCGGCGCCGACCGCCUGGUCCGUACCGACUCUUCAGACCAUUCACUUCACGACGCUACACCUCCUCGCAAUCCACGAGCUCAAUCGAGACGCCACCACCGCCCACCCAGCUUCCACCCACCCACCCCUCCACGCGCCUCCAACGCACGCUGCAAACCCUCCAGACGACCGGCCACGGCCCCUCCUCGCGCAUCGAGCUCGCGCUCCGCGGCCUCGAGCAGCGCGAUGCACCCACGCGCAUCGCCGUGAUCGGCGCCAUCGCCACCAUCGUCCCCUCCCUCCUCAGCCUCGCUUCCUCCGCCGCCGAGGAUGAUCUACACGCCUGGAUCGCAGCCCACGACAAGCCCGGCCGCGGCUUGUUGAUCCGGCAUGGAGCGGCGCCGAAACUCACGACGCCCACGGGCUCGCCGCUGUCAAUCCUGACGGUACCAGUGCCGUUCUUGAAGGAUGUGGAGCUUGUGGCGACCGCGCACUGCGGCAGCGAUCCGCUCGUGCCGGUGUUUCAGGCCGCGGAUGUUCCCGGCUCAAGGGUGUUUGAGUACCCCGUGCACAAGGCGGUGUUGUAUGCAGGUGAGGGGGCGGAUGGGGUUAGGAGGCUGGUGGAGUUCCCGGUGCAGAGGGGGGAGGGCGAGGGUGUGUUAAGGGUGUUGGCACUGCCGGGAGCGGCGAAGGCGGUGGAGGAGGGGAAGGUGAUGGUUGUGGAUCCGACGAGCGGGCAGGCGGUGGAGCGGGUGAAGGAGUGGCUGCUUGAGGGGACUGCGUCGCCGGCCGAUGGCGGGGUAAAGCCCGUCGUCAAUGCGCUCCUGCGCGACAUUCUCUCACAUGCCCGUCUCUCACUCGCCUCGGAGCUCGUCGAGCCACCGCCAUCGGCACAACCCGCCGCGGAGAGUGACACGGCCGAGACCCUUGCCGCCGCUAUCGGCAUCUGGAGCCACUCCGCGCACCUCGAGCUUAAGUCCUCGAUCGAAACCGCGUUCGCGAGCAAGGAGUGGAACAAGCUGCACUGGUACAAGCUGCCCUACCGCAUCGACGACGUGCCGACCAUCGCACGGUACAUCCUGAAGACCGGGUUCCUGCCCGAAGCCGAGGGGGCAGCCACAUUCCUUGCCGGACGGAUGCUCGGCGCGGGAUACAACAAGGGCGCGCAGAUUCGGACCACCACCGGCGACGUGGUGCAGUCAGAUGGGAACAUCGCGCCGACACAUAUCCCCCUCCAGCGCGAGGCGGCGGUGAAUGAGCUGGUGCCCGUGCUGCACGCGGCUGGGCAGAGGUUUUUGUUCAAAUCGCUGGGUACGACGGCGCAGUUGGGCGCGCUCUCGGCGCUACUGGUCGCGGAGGAUGUGAGCUUGUACUCUGCGCUUAGUGUGGCGGCCCUAGGGACCGUGGGGAGCGCGAUGUGGUUGCAGAAGAGGUGGGGGAGCGAGAAAGUGAAGUUUCAAGAGGCGGUUAGGGAGAAGGCGAGGGUGGCGGUGGUGGAGAGUGAACGGUGGGCUUGGGGGAGGUUGAAGGAGGGAUUGGUGAAGGUGGUGGAUGAUGAGGUGGAAAGGGAGAGUAGGAGGAGGAGGAUGGUACUCGAGGAGGAGAUCAAGGAGGGGCUAGAGAUAUGUAAAAGUGAGAGCAUAUGUAGAACCAAAGGCCCAUAGAUCAAAGUCCUCCAUCAAGUAUCAAUCAUUAUCGGUGAUCGCUGGCGGUAUAUUGCCUAUUGACGCU